UUUCUCCAAAGUCACCAUUGGCCUCCAUGCGCUCUCAAGCUGUUUACAACUGAUAUCAGAUCAGCUGUCAUUUCUUCAGCUGAUCUCUCCUCUGCAGCCACCAGCACCACUGACACUGACAGGAUGGCACAAGCAGACUGGACAACUAUCUUCGAGGAUAAAGUGGCACUUUUUAAAAGAGGACACUCCUGGCGUCUGGAGUUCGAUGGCAAUCUUGUGCCCAAGUCCCCAAAGCGGGGCUGGAAGGAGUACAUCAGGAACACAUGUGCAUGGUUCAGGUGCAGAAAGUGUGGGAGAAGCUGGCCUUCCAACCGGGUGAUGGUGGUCUUCCACAUGUGCCUUAUAGGGAGAGAGGGCGUGGUCAAGGUGAGACGCUUCCGUCAGAACUGCAAGAAGUGCCCCUCAGCACCAAUGGAGAAGCCCAAAAUCCUUCCCGAGAACAUCGACAUCCUGAUGGACAACCUGGUGAAGAAGAUAAGAAUAAAAUGCUACGGUGAAAGACUGGACGGAGGGUUCAGGCCUCCUCAAAACCUGGAGGUCAGAAGUCCACAUGAGCCGGCCCAUUGUGAGGCCUGCCAGCUCGGCAUCUGUGAAAGAAAUACAGCUACAAACAAUCCUUCAACUUAAAGAUUUUUCUUUCAAAAAACAACAUGCUUCUGUUGGCUUCCUCUUGUGUAUAUUGUUAUAAAGUUCACUUGAGCAUUCAAAUUUGUUUUAUUUGAGUUUGGACUUGAAGUUGUGUAGAGGCACACCAUCAGGAGAGGUGAACCAGGCUAUGAUUUUGGGCUCCCUAAAGAAAUUUUGGAAAAGGGGCCACUCAUUUUGUCACAUUUAGUAAUGACAGCUGUAAACCCUCUUAAAACUCCCAAAAAGGUGCCAUUCAACACUUUAUGUCUUGAUGAUCACUGGCCUCAUAAUAAAUGAGCAUUUUGUUAUUAUCAACAUUUUGAAGGACUCAUUUCUAAUAACUCAUCAAUAACCUACACUUUGGGAUGUGGCGGACCCGUCCUACCAUCCCCAAGCGUUGGGAAUGAGACUUGAAAGACUAUUUUUGUACAAAUGGGACUUUCAGUUGUGCUGGUUUUUAGCUUUAUAUAUGAAAAUUCUACUAAUGUGAGCAUGGAAAAAACAAAGGUUUGGAUUUCAAAAAUGUUUUGUUGGUGACACAUUUAUAGCAUAAUGGGGAAGAACAAUGGCAGGAGAGGCUCCUGGGGAAUUUCUGCCUUUCACCCCAACAGACUCUAAAGUCACCACUGCACUCAGGUGAUCUGUGAACAACAGAAUAAUUUUUUCAUUUUAGAGGUGUAUCAUUCACUGAAAUAAACACAUUCCCUUCA